AUGCGCGGUCGAAGCGUUUCUCCCAUAAUUGGCGUCGGCAUAAUCAAAGAUUGGAUGCGAGUUUGCGAACAGGGCCACAGUCGUUGCAAAGUCUUGGCUCCACUGUCCUCGAGAGAGAGCAAAUUUCGUCUUAUUGACGUUGAAGAGCAAAGGAUUGUUGAUUCCACACUUUCAGAGAGGUAUAUCGCUUUGUCUUACGUAUGGGGACCCAGUACGCUUGCAGUCCUCACAAAAGAUACCCUUUCUCAAUAUUCUUUGAAGGGGGGGCUACAAGCCAUACAGCUACCGCAAACUAUAGCUGACUGUAUGCAACUUGUGAAGAGUCUUGGCGAGCGAUAUCUGUGGGUGGAUUCCCUUUGCAUUAUACAGGACGACGAUGACGACAAGCUGGAGCAACUCCGCACCAUGGAUACUGUAUACCGCAGUGCAACUUUGGUUGUAGUUGCAGCUGCUGGCAACGACGCUCACGCUGGCCUUUGUGGAGUUGGCCAUCUCAAGCGUCGCGAAUGGCAAAGAAGAGAGACAUUGUGUGGCCUUUCAUAUAUUACAGCUCAGCCACCGCUUCGUGAGAUCCUCAAGGGAACCACGUGGAGUUUGCGAGGCUGGACAUUCCAAGAAGCAAUGCUCGCGCGACGAAUUCUGUUUUUAACAAACCAUCAGAUGUACUGGAGCUGUAAAAACAACAAUUGGCGUGAAGACAUGACUUGGGACAUCUCCGGCGACAUGUGUCUACAUUCUUCGUCUGACUCGUUCUGGGAGGCGCACAUAUCGCAGUGCCGUACAGCGAGAUACUGCCAAGAUGUCGUGGCCUUUACGAAGAGAAAGAUUAGGGAGCAAAGCGAUGUUAUCUGGGCAUUCAUGGGCAUCCUUAAAUUGCACUCAUCUCGGUUUCCGGAAGGCUUCAUCUGGGGUCAUCCACUGGAGAGACUGGAUGCGACGCUACUUUGGGAUGGAUGCCCUGGUAAUCACCAGCGAACUGCCCAAUAUCCUCUCAGCUUCAACGAUAAAGUGCAGUUUGUGGAGUAUCCCUCCUGGUCGUGGCUUUCCACAGAUGCUCCAGUCGGAUUUGAGAGUGAAUGCGGAGAUUGUAUAAUCUCAGCAGUAAGCUGGCAUAAACCACUCCUCUUUGAAGAUUCCACAGAUACUACUACCGGCACUUGCACGCUCGAUGGCCAUACGAAGAAAUUUUUCUCAGGUUCAAGAGGCGAUGUCACCAAAUACGGGCUACUGCAGUGUACAGCUGAGACGGUAGAGCUUUCUGUUGUUCGAAAGCCCUCAAAAGCGAAACAGGAUGACCGAGGUUCAAAUCUCCUAGAGAAACAUUUGGCCAGUGACAGCAAGUCGUCUUAUCCUCUUUUAGGCAGUGAUCGAGUCGAGGCCACAGUAUAUCUACCAUCUGGAGAGAGUGCCGGCAGUGUCUUUGUUUACAAAGACUUCUUUGAAGGCAAUGAUCAACGACUGGGGCAAUUCAUAUUGCUAUCAGCCAAUGCCAAGGAAGAGGCAGAUGAGAUUUGCGUUGAAAUCCACGGUGGGCGGGACUGUGGUAAUAUAUCACAUGGGCAUGCCUGCAAGCAUAUUCAAAGCUACAACAUCAUGUUGAUUGAGCGGCGUGGAGACAUCACUUAUAGAUUGGCACUUCAUAAAGUAGAAAGUGAACCAUGGCGGAAGGUGAAGACGCGCAAAGAGCACUUCAUUCUAGGAUAA